GUUGUCGGAGAGGAGACAUGGCGCAUCGAGGAGACCAAGCAGACGUGGUGAGGUUCUGCUGUUCCAUCUGUCUGGAUCUCCUGAAGGAUCCGGUGACGGUUCCCUGUGGACACAACUACUGCAUGAGCUGUAUUAAAAGCGCGUGGGACGAGGAAGACCAGAAGAAAAGCCACAGCUGCCCUCUGUGCCGACAGACCUUCGACCUGAGGCCGGUCCUGCUGAAAAACACCUUGUUGGCCGACUUAGUGGAGGAGCUGAAGAAGACUGGACUCCAAGCUGCUGCUGCUGCUGCUGGUGGUCCCUGCUAUGCUGGACCUGAAGAUGUGGCCUGUGACUUCUGCACUGAGAGGAAACUGAAGGCCUUCAAGUCCUGUCUAGUGUGUCUGGCCUCUUACUGUGAGAAACACCUCCAGCCUCAUUUUAAAUCUCCUGCCUUUAAGAAACACAAGCUGGUGGACCCCUCCUCUGUCAACCUCCAGCAGAACGUCUGCUUUCGCCACAACGAGGUGAUGAAGAUGUUCUGCAGCACUGACCAGCAGUGCAUCUGUUAUCUCUGCUCCGUGGAGGAGCAUAAAGGCCACGACACCGUCUCAGCUGCAGCAGAACGGACCGAGAGGCAGCAGGAGCUCGCUAGAAGGAGGCAAAGGGUCCAGCAGAGAAUCCAGGAGCGCCAGAGGGACGUGAAGCUGCUUCGACAGGAGGUGGAGGCCAUCAAUCGCUCUGCUGAAGCGGUGGAGGACGGGGAGAAGAUCUUCACCGAGCUGAAGCAGCAGCUCAGAACUCAGCAGAGAACCGAAGUGAGUCGAGUCAAAGAGCUUCAGGAGGAGUUUCAGCAGGAGAUCACUGAGCUGAAGAGGAAGGAUGCCGAGAUGGAGAAGCUCUCACGAACAGACGACCACGCCCAGUUUCUCCACAGAUACCCCUCGCUGUCAAAGCUCACCGAGCCGGCGGACUCACCGAGACCAAAGACAAACCGCCUGCGGUACUUUGAACAUGUGACGACGGCGGUGAAAGCAACCAGAGAUCAGAUACAGGCCUUUCUUCCUGAGACAAGACCUUCAGUGGAGCCCACGACCAGAGCAGAGUUCUUACGAUAUUCACGUCAAAUCACGCUGGAUCCAAACACAGCCAACUGUCAACUGGUUUUAUCAGAGGAGAACAGGAAAAUAACACGUAAUAUAAAUAAUGCUCCAUAUGCUAAACAUCCAGAGAGAUUCAGGAACACACCUCAGGCCUUGAGUAAAGAAGGACUGACUGGUCGCUGUUACUGGGAGGUGGAGAUGAGCAGGUUUGCUGAUGUGGCCGUGGCUUACAGGAGUGUUGACAGGAGGGACUGUAGUUGGAGUGUAUUUGGACUGACCGAGAAGUCUUGGGCAUUACGUUGUUUCAAAGGUUUCACCUUCAGACAUGACAACUUCUCAGUCGACCGCUCAGGUCCUCGGCGGUCCUCCAGAGUAGGAGUGUACCUGGAUCACAGAGCAGGUGUUCUGUCCUUCUACAGCGUCUCUGAAACCAUGACCCUCCUCCAAAGAGUCCAGACCACAUUCACUCAGCCGCUCUAUGCUGGACUCGGUCUUUAUGGUUUUGGUGGGGACACUGUUGAGUUGUGUAGACUCAAGUAG